AUGGGUGCCACUCACCUUCAGAAUGACCCCCGACCCGGGUCUCCAAUUGACCAUCAGCCAACGACAUGGGGAGAAAUGUUCAAAAAAUGGCCGAAACAGACGUUUCUGAUUGUGGGAAAUGAGCUAUGCGAGAGGUUUAGUUUCUAUGGAAUGAGAGCCGUUCUGACUCUCUAUUUCUUCAACAUUCUCGGAUUUACCCAAUCCUCGAGUACGGUACUUUUCCAUGCUUUCACAGUUAUAUGCUACACUUCUCCACUUCUGGGAUCCAUUCUUGCUGAUGGUUACAUUGGAAAGUUUUGGACCAUCUUCUUCGUCUCAAUUUUCUACUCAUGCGGUCAAAUUCUUCUUGCAUUUUCCUCGAUUGCUCCAAGCGAAAGCUCACAUCAUCCAUUCCUUGACCUCCUUGGUCUCCUAAUCGUUGGUCUCGGUACAGGAGGUAUCAAACCAUGUGUCUCGGCUUUCGGUGGUGACCAAUUUCCUGCUCAUUAUACCAGAAUGAUCUCAAUUUUCUUUUCAAUGUUUUAUUUUUCAAUUAACGCCGGAUCUCUAAUCUCAAUGUGGCUCACUCCUCAUAUGAGAUCAAUGUCAUGCUUCGGCAAUGAUUCCUGUUAUCCAUUGGCUUUUGGAAUUCCAGCCUUUUUGAUGAUUGUUGCCACAUUGGUUUUCAUGGCUGGAAGUUAUUGGUACAAAAAAGUCCCACCAAAGGAGAACAUCAUUUUCAGAGUUAUCGGAACUAUUUUUACUGCUCUCCGCAAUAAACUUUCAUCAUCCUCAUCCCACCAUCGUUCCCAUUGGCUUGAAUACUCAUUGAAUGGUCAUGACUGUGCAAUGUCUCCAGAAUGCAAAGCUCUUCAUGGAAACUGCGCUCAACGGCGAUACAUUGGAGACAUCAAGCAACUGUUCCGAGUGAUUGUCAUGAUGAUUCCAGUUCCAAUGUUCUGGGCACUCUACGAUCAACAAGGAUCCACGUGGGUUCUUCAGGCAAUUGGAAUGGAUGGAAAUGUAUGGGGAUGGGAGAUUCUACCGGAUCAAAUGGGAGUGUUGAAUGCAUUUUUGAUCCUUUUCUUCAUCCCACUCUUUCAAUCCCUUGUGUACCCAGCAAUUGAAAGAUGCGGAUUUGAGCUGACAAUGCUUCGAAAAAUGGCUUGCGGUGGAGUUUUGACAGCACUGGCGUUCUUCGUGUGCGGAGUUGUUCAACUCUUUGUGAAUUCGUCGCUUCCUUACCUUCCAGCUUCAAACGAAGCACAUUUAACAAUUAUCAACACUCUGCCAACUUGUGACUUCAAAGUGCAAAUCGAUUCCAGAGAACCAUUUGAUUUGCUGAGAACGACUGGAAUCAACCCAGAAGAUCUUGUCAUCAAACCAAUCAGUUUCUCUGGCGAAUCUAUGUUCCAGCCAAAUAUUACCUUCACCAACGACUCACCAAACUGUCCAAAGUUCACUGCUCAUCCAACUUUCAUUGCUACUAAUUCCUAUGUUAUGACUCUUACACCAAACGGCUGGACCUAUAAUUCAGUGAAACCUCAAAAACCAAAAAGUGGAAACGGAGAGUUCGGCAUUGGCAUCAAUUUGAUUGUUCCAUGUGACAAAAUUCCUUCAAGUGUCACCUGGGAGAGUUGCAACGGAACUACAGGUUAUUCUGGGAAUAUUGCAUUGUGUAAAGUUGAGACGGAUACGGUUUCGGACGCCGAGCACAUUUGCACACCUGGUCAGAAAGGAAAAUUCUACUCUCUAUCCAAGUCGAAUCAUUUGGAAGUACAUGAUUACGUUAAAGGAGACUCAAGUAGCUAUGGUAAAAGUUAUGAGGCAGUCGAUGUAAGACCAGGAAAGUACAAAUUGUUCUACACGGAUGAGGCGCAGAAAAAUUUCUACGCAAUGGAUCUGGGUACAGUAGAACAAACACAUAUGGGUGGAGUGUACUUGAUGACGAUCUCGACAAAGUCAAAUGGGGACUCGGAUAUUCUCGCUACCACAAAGUCGCUUGUAUGCCAUAACCGUGUCAGUAUCCUCUGGCAAAUCCCGCAAUACGUGAUAAUCACAGCUGGAGAAGUCAUGUUUAGUAUCACGGGUCUCGAGUUCGCGUAUUCUGAAGCAUCACCUCAGUUAAAGUCUGUGGUACAAGCCCUUUGGUUGUUCACUACAGCUGUUGGAGAUCUCAUUGUGGUCAUUAUAUUCAUGUUGAACAUUUUCUCGGAUGUCGCCGUCCAAAUGUUCGUGUUCAGUGGAAUCAUGCUUCUCGUCAUUUUCGUUUUCAUCCUCCUUGCAGUCUUCUAUUACGAAUAUGCGGAUUAUUCCAAUGAAUCGGAAGUUCUUACCGAGAAAAUGAUGGUGGAUGAAGAGCAUACUCGCAUUUGA